AUCGACGUGUUUUUUUUUUUUUCUUGUCUGCAUUGUUUGGUCGGAUCGAAGCUGCCUGCAGGCACACCGACGGGGUUCCUUGAAUGCAUUUCGUAAUUCGUUAAGCUAAUGCAGGUGGACGGGACCUGCAGAUUACUGCUAUUUGUUGUGCAAUUACUCAGGGCACCCCAGACAAUAUGGGCUCGGCUCCGUAAGCGAUGUCGUGAUAAGAAUGGGGUUGUUUACCCUCGACCCUCACUCGGAGUCCGUCGGGGUAAAUCUGCCCCGCUGGAUGAUAAGGGGUGUUCCUCCUCAACCGCGCCAUUUCUUGCUGUUGCCUACCCUUUGCAAAUGUCUUACUUGCGAGAUUGGGCGACGAGGUCGGUCAAGGAUGCACUAUUGGGUGUUGUUGCAGGCUGUGAGCAGCGUUGCUUUCUUGACGAUGGAUGGUGCAAUGGCCAGCAAAACAGGGUCAUUGGCGAGAAGGAAUUGUCGGCAAACUCGCAUGAACUAGCCAAGGCGAACAAGCACGGCGCCGAAUGCUUAACCUUUCUUGACUAUGGCGUGGUUGCGAUCGGCGCAAUUCCUUCUACUCCAGUUAUCGGCGCCGCCAGUUCCGGGGCAGUGGGUCGCAUUCCCUCGGCCAGCCACAUGAGUUGAAAUUCGGGGAGACACGAGGUGCCCGGUUUCUAGGCAGCAAGCGUACAUGAGGCGAGGUUUCCAUUUUUCGUGCCUCUAUUCAUUUGGGAGCGCUUGAGUAAGCACAGGACUUGGCCUCUCAUAUCAACUGGGUCCCAUAGCUCAGUU